UUUUGUUACAGUGCGAAUUCGAAUCGAUGUGUUCCUCUGUUGAUAACAAUUGACUAAUUCACCCACCACACGACAUCCAUACCACAUAGAUUAUCUAGAGGAUUUUUUUCAGUGAUUAGUAUUAAUUAUAGUUAUUAAGUUAAGUUAAGUUAAGUUUUAAUUAGUUUAGUUAGACCAUGUCGUCACGUGUUAAAAGAAUUGCUAAAGAAUUAGAAGAGUGUCGUCAAGAUACUCAAUCAGGAGUUACCUUACAAUUAAAUAGUGAAACUGAUUUAACUAAUCUAACAGGUUAUUUUAAAGGUCCUCCUGGUACUCCAUAUCAAGGAGGAGUGUUUCAAGUUGAUAUUGUUAUACCAAAGGAAUACCCUUUUAAACCUCCUAUAAUGAAAUUUGCUACAAAAAUUUAUCAUCCAAAUAUUAGUUCAGUAACUGGAGCUAUUUGUUUAGAUAUUUUAAAAGAUGCUUGGACUCCAAUCUUAACUUUAAAGAGUUCUUUAAUUUCUUUACAAUCUUUAUUACAAUCUCCUGAACCAAAUAAUCCUCAAGAUGCUGAAGUUGCUAAACAUUAUUUAGCUAAUAAGAAAGGUUUUGAAGAAACUGCAGCUUAUUGGACAAAGAUUUAUGCUAGUGAAGGUGAUAAAUUUGGUUCAUCUGCUCAAAAUGAUGCUGCCUUAUAUGGAAUUGAUGAAUCAAUUGUAUCUCAAUUUGAAAAUAUGGGAUUCCCAAGAGAUAAAAUCAUUGAAGUCUUGAGAAGAUUAGGAGUAAAGAGUUAUAAUGGGGUUAGUAACAAGGCUGAAUUAGAGAAUAAGAUAUUAGAAGAGUUAUUAAGAGAAUGUGCUUAAUUUAGUGGUAUUAUUCUACUGAUGUAAUUGAAUUUAUUAUAAUGUGACCUUUAACUAUUCAUACCAUUACCAUUACCAUCAUCAUCACCAUAUAUUAAGGAAUGUCUCAAUUCCUACAGUUUGCACUUACAUAGUUAUCUCAUCAUUUCUUGCCUUUCCUCUCAUCUCCUUUCCUCUAGUUCCAUAUAUACAUACAUAUAUAUAGCCAUAUAGAAUCAUUCUA